AUGGCGCUCUUCCCUCGUGGCUUCUACGGCUCCUACGGUUCUGACCCCAGCUUCACCAACCUCUUCCGCCUCCUCGACGACUUUGACACCUACACUCGCGAGGUUCAAGGCAGCACCCCGGAGGCUGGCAGCCGUCGUCACACCCAGCCCGCCCGCACCUUCAGCCCCAAGUUCGAUGUCCGCGAGACCGAGCAGACAUACGAGCUUCACGGCGAGCUCCCCGGCAUUGAUCGGGAGAACGUUCAGAUCGAGUUCACCGACCCUCAGACCAUUGUGAUCCGGGGCCGUGUUGAGCGUAACUACACGGCCGGCACCCCUCCCGCACAGGUCGCCGGUCACCUCACCGAGAAGGGCGAGCCGCAGAGCCCUGCUGCUGUCCACCACGCCACCGUUGAAGACGACGUCGACGAGGACAACCGCUCGGUGGCUACCACUGCUACCGGUGCCAACAACCAGCAAGUCGCCCAGCGCCCAAGCGCAACCCAGACCGAGGAGAAGCCCAAGGCGCCUGCCGAAAAGUACUGGGUCUCUGAGCGCUCCGUUGGCGAGUUCUCGCGCACCUUCAGCUUCCCCGCUCGUGUCGACCAAAACGCAGUCAGUGCCUCUCUUAACAACGGCAUCCUCAGCGUCACGGUUCCCAAGGCCAAGAAGCACGAGACCAUUCGCAUCGCUAUCAACUAA